AUGGCGAAUUCUGAUGAAGCCGUGUACUUUGCGAUAAGUAACAUUCCUGCCAGAUACCGGUCCGCUGAUCUUCGAAACUAUUUUAGCCAGUUUAUCGAGAGUGGAGGUUUCAUAUGUUUCCACUAUCGACAUCGACCGGAGGUCCGCGGGGAAACAACAGAGUCAAGAGAGACUGAGGAGUCAAACGAGGCCCAUGACAAGCCAGGACAUUCUCAGUGUACGAAUACGAAGGAAGGAGACCCGAAAACUGGAGAGGUCAAUGUAGUCCAAGCGUCGCGUACAUCAGAAAAGACAUGUUGUUGCAUUGUUUCUGUGCGAUCAAAAGAUGCAACGCGCUUUGUGAAGAUGUAUGCAGGCAACCAGUGGAUUGAUUCCAAGGGAGACUGGCUUGCAAAACGUUGUGUGAUCCGGAGAAUAAAAGUAUCUGAUCACAGAGAAGACAAUGAAUUUCCUUAUAAGACGAAAGCAGAGCUGAGGCGUCACAUAGCGAUGUCGGAGCGCUUUACUGAAGCACAUCUGAAAGCCCUACCAGAGUUAAACCCUCCAGCCCUCAUGCCAUCCGGCAACGUCGGUACACCUGUCAGCGUCUUUUUACAGCUCAUCCAGUCAUGUCGGCUACCCCCACGGCUCAUCCGCAAACUUGGCCUCACCUUCCCCAAAACAGGCUCUAAUCGGCGCUAUGGCAAUGUGCCUUACCAAUAUAAGAACAGUACUGUAGUAGCCUCAGCUGAAGAAAGUGUGUUCACUGCGGGAGGACACGAGAUCUCAGGACCUGGUAGUGUGGUCCCGCCUAAAGAGGGACCAAAACAGCCUGUUGAUUCAACACAUGAACAAGACACUCCAGAUGCUGAGAGUGAGGAAGCCCAGUCAGAUGCCGAUGAUGAUGACGAUCGCUGUGAGGAAUGGGAGCGACAUGAGGCCCUCCAUGAAGAUGUCACCAGUCAGGAGCGCACCAAGGAGAGACUGUUUGAGGAGGAGAUUGAGCUCAAAUGGGAGAAAGGAGGCUCUGGUCUGGUUUUCUACACAGAUGCACAAUAUUGGCAGGAAGAAGAGGGUGAUUUUGAUGAGCAGACGGCAGAUGAUUGGGAUGUGGACAUGAGUGUCUAUUAUGACAAAGAUGGCGGGGACAAGGAUGCCCGGGAUUAUGUUCGUAUGCGCUAUGAGAAGAGACUACGGGAGGGCCUGGAGGCUGCAUCUGGUCAGCAGCAGCAAAUCGGCAGUUUUGAGAAGUUCACAAAGGGAGUAGGCAGGCGGGUAAUGGAGAAGCAGGGAUGGAAGGAGGGAGAGGGACUCGGUUACAGCCAGGCAGGGAUGCCUGAAGCCCUGGAGAAUGAAGGCCAGCACCCCAGAUGCAAACGGGGGUUUGGGUACCAUGGAGAGAAACUCAGCUCUUUUAUGCCACUGAAAAAGUCGCGACCAGACUUCCACAUAUCCACUAUUUAUGAUAAGCCUAAAGACAUUGACAAGGGGGACAGUCUGUUACGGCGUCAACCAAGUACCAGCAUGAAAUUCAGAGACUGGCGACCAGGGGGCAGCGUUGGACCAAGUAGUUGA